AUGGCGGACGGUAUCGACAGACGAGCUGAUGACCGCAUGGAGUUCAACACCUCCAAGGAGGUGACGGUCGCCCCGACCUUCGAGGAUAUGCACCUGAAGGAGAGCCUUCUCCGUGGUAUCUACGCGUACGGCUACGAGUCGCCCUCCGCGGUGCAAUCGCGAGCCAUCGUGCAGAUCUGCAAAGGCCGCGACACCAUCGCCCAGGCGCAGUCCGGUACCGGUAAAACCGCCACCUUUGCGAUCAGUAUCCUGCAGGUGAUUGAUACAGUUGUCCGCGAGAGCCAAGCGCUCGUCCUCUCCCCGACCCGCGAACUUGCGACGCAGAUUCAAUCCGUGAUCAUGGCACUGGGCGACUACAUGAACGUGCAAUGCCACGCGUGCAUUGGCGGCACCAACAUUGGCGAGGACAUCCGCAAGCUGGACUACGGCCAGCACGUCGUCUCGGGCACUCCGGGCCGCGUGGCAGACAUGAUCCGGCGGCGCCACCUGCGCACCCGCCACAUCAAGAUGCUGGUGCUGGACGAGGCAGACGAGCUGCUCAACCGCGGGUUCCGCGAACAGAUUUACGACGUCUACCGGUACCUGCCGCCGGCGACGCAGGUGGUGGUGGUAUCGGCGACGCUGCCGUACGACGUGCUCGACAUGACGACCAAGUUCAUGACGGACCCGGUGCGGGUGCUGGUGAAGCGUGACGAGCUGACUCUGGAGGGCAUCAAGCAGUACUUCAUUGCGGUCGAGAAGGAGGAGUGGAAGUUCGACACGCUGUGCGAUCUCUACGACACCCUGACCAUCACGCAGGCCGUGAUCUUCUGCAACACCCGCCGCAAGGUCGACUGGCUCACCGACAAGAUGCGCGAGGCCAACUUCACCGUCUCCAGCAUGCACGGCGAGAUGCCCCAGAAGGAACGCGACAGCAUCAUGCAGGACUUCCGCCAGGGUAACUCGCGUGUGCUGAUCUCCACCGACGUCUGGGCCCGUGGUAUCGACGUCCAGCAGGUCUCUCUCGUCAUUAACUACGAUCUCCCUACCAACCGUGAAAACUACAUCCACCGUAUCGGUCGCAGCGGCCGUUUCGGCAGAAAGGGUGUUGCCAUCAACUUUGUUACCAGCGACGAUGUGCGCAUUCUGCGGGACAUUGAAUUGUACUAUUCCACGCAGAUCGACGAAAUGCCUAUGAACGUGGCGGAUCUCCUUUCGUAA